UAGAGAUCCCAUUUCUAGCCGGUAAGUGGUUCCCCGUUAGUGUCCUCAGUCCUGCUAUUCGGCCGGUCGAUGAUUUUGUCUGCUGCUGCCUUUAAAAAUUUGAGGUUAUAUACCCCAGCGUACAUUCUAUGAAUUGUACCGGAUACGUUUUGUGCGAAAUUUUUUCAUAGCUGGGCUAACCUGUAUAACACGUGGAUUGCCAAGUGAUUCGUAAUUUCGAGCUAGUCGUUAGUCAGUUCCCGUUGUCAUUUACGAACAUCGGUUCUGUCAUAGCCACGUGUAUGCGAAAACCGCAAGUAAAUACUUCUGUAUUAAACUCUGGGAGUUUUGGCUGUUAUUGGAUAUUGGAAUCUCAAAUUGUACAAGAAUGUGUGAAAAUCCGAAGGACAAACUCCCUGCUGAAUUGAAAGACGCAGUGCUGGUCCAGAGCGUAUCCCUGCCCGCAGGUGCAGCUACAGUUAAAGGAUAUGAUUGGAAUGCCGGUGUCGACUAUCACACACUUUUCGAGAGCUACAAAUUCUCAGGGUUUCAGGCUACUAACUUUGGUCUAGCUGUCGACGAAAUCAACAAAAUGAUCAACGCAAGGAAGGUCCCGCUCGACGAUGACAAGAUCGACUCUAUAGAGGAAGAUGAAUUUAUAAAGAGGAAAAGCAAUUGUACGAUAUUUCUUGGGUAUACGUCUAAUAUGGCAUCUUGUGGGAUGAGAGACACUAUUAGAUUUUUGGUUCAACACAAAAUGGUUGACUGUAUCGUUGCCUCGGCUGGUGGAGUCGAAGAGGAUUUAAUAAAAUGCCUGGCACCGACUUACCUUGGGGAUUUCCACCUCGAAGGCAAACGACUGAGAGAAAAUGGGAUUAAUAGAAUCGGGAAUUUACUUGUUCCAAAUGAUAACUAUUGUCUUUUCGAAGACUGGGUUACCCCAAAGCUGGAUGCAAUGUUGGCUGAACAGAAAGAGAAGGGUACUUUGUGGACACCCUCAAAGGUAAUUACGAGACUAGGUGAAGAAAUUGACAAUCCAGAUUCUAUCUAUUAUUGGGCUGCCAAAAAUAAGAUUCCAGUCUUUAGUCCGGCAUUGACUGACGGUAGCCUAGGCGACAUGAUGUUCUUCCAUUCGUUCCGAAAUCCUGGCCUAGUACUCGAUAUAUUAUCAGAUUUAAGGCGUUUGAACAGUAUGGCGAUGAAAGCGGUAAACAGCGGUAUCAUCAUUCUAGGCGGGGGUGUAAUCAAGCAUCAUAUUUGCAACGCAAAUCUUAUGCGAAAUGGCGCAGACUACGCUGUCUUUUUAAACACAGCCUCCGAGUUUGACGGUAGCGAUAGCGGCGCAAGGCCCGACGAAGCCGUUUCGUGGGGAAAAAUCAAGAAAGACGCAACUCCUGUAAAAAUAUAUGCCGAAGCUUCCCUCAUCUUUCCACUUUUAGUCGGUGAGACAUUCGCCCGUCAAUUUCAUUCCUCAAAAGAACGAGCUGUAUCUGACGUAUGAUGUAAUAAAGAUAUGUAUUUUUAACCCA